AUACUCUCAAUAAAUACAGUGUGAGUGUCUUAAUCAACAACUCUCAGCAGAGUGCAGAAGGCCAGGCUCCGCCAGCAUGGCUGCCCUGGUGCCCCUGCUCACCUGUUGGCUCUGCGCUGCGCUUUUCAUCGCUGCGCUCCUCUGUGUUGUAAAAGGUUUUAAACGAUCAGCUUUAAAUUUACCUCCCGGUCCGUUUCCUCUGCCCAUCAUCGGCAACCUGCACCUGCUGGACAUCAGGAGGCAGGACAGGUCUCUGAUGAAGAUUUCGGAGAAAUAUGGGCCAGUGUUCACUGUCCACCUGGGGAUGCAGCAGGCGGUGGUGCUGAGCGGCUACGAGGCGGUGAAGGAUGCACUUCUGAACACAGCAGAUGUGUUUGCAGACAGACCUGCUAUCCCCAUCUUCCAUCACAUCCAGCAUGGAAAUGGUGUGUUCUUCUCUUCCCAAGAGCUCUGGAAGACAACACGGAGGUUCACCUUGGCAGCUAUGCGGGAGCUGGGCAUGGGGAAGCGGCUUGCAGAAGAAAGGAUGCUCGAGGAGCUGCAGUUUCUCACUGAGCUGAUCAAAUCCUUCCAAGGUGGGCCAUUCCGACUUCGGCUUUUGAACGCAGCCCCCACCAACAUCACCUUUGCUAUCCUAUUUGGGAGAAGGUUUGACUACGCAGACCCAACGUUUGUCACUCUGCUACGACUCAUUGAUGAAGUUAUGCUCCUUCUUGGCUCCCCGUUCCUGCACCUAUUUAAUUUCUACCCAUUUCUUGGAUUUCUUCUCAAACCUCACAAGAUGAUACUGAAAAAAGUGGAAGAGGUGUGUGUGAUCCUAAAGAAACAUAUCCAGGAAAGCAAAGCAAAAAUUAAUGGAAACAGCCUGAUGAGCUACAUUGAUGCUCUGGUCUUCAAACAAGAGGAGGAUAAUAAAAGCAAUAACAUUUUUCACGAUGCAAAUGUGUUGGCCUCUGCUCUUGACUUGCUCAUGGCUGGCACUGAAACCACAUCCACCACCCUGCAGUGGGCCGUCCUGCUGAUGAUGAAGUACCCCGAGAUUCAAAAAAAGGUGCGUGCAGAGAUUGAGCGCGUUCUUGGUCCUGGCUGCCUGCCUACCUUUGAGGACCGGAAAAGCAUGCCCUUCACCAACGCGGUCAUCCACGAGGUGCAGAGAUUUGUCACCCUUCUGCCACACGUUCCUCGCUGCACCUCUGCUGACACCCAUUUUAAAGGCUAUUUCAUCCCCAAGGGUCUGGAGGAAGAGGAGUCUUAAAACACCAGGAGCUCACUUUGGAUCUCAGGGUACUUCAUCAUCAGCAGGAUGGCCCACUGCAGCGUGGUGGCCGUGGUCUCUGUGCCCGCCAUGACCAGGUCAAGUAUGGAUGCAAUUAAGUUGUCAUCAUGGAAGAGACUGUCUUUCUUGUUUUUCUCCUUGAAAAGGACAAGUGUGAGAAAGCUCUUAAAAUAGUGUUAGUAUUCAGCAAGUUUGGGAAAUGCUCUCUAACCCAGAAGGCUGUUGGGUAUGAUUGUGUGUUUGAGAACAGUGUGGUAAAUGGCCUGAUGUCGCUUCUCCUGGGCCAUAGGAGUCUGCACUGAACCUUCCUCCACAGUGAUGGGAAGAAGACCAGUGCCUCACGUUGGCCCAGAUCCAGUGGGAAAGAAGAAAAGAUUCAGAGCGUAAAUACUUUGUGUGGAAUGAAAUCAACUGAUGUGUGAAAUUGCAGUCUCUACUGAAGUAAGAUGCAGGGCUAGGCUCGCAGAUGUACUGACCAUUUAUCAUUCCAGUUCUUUAAGUGUAUCAUUCAUCUUGGAGCAACAGUAUCAGUGAUUAAUUGAUUUGUUGUCAUACAAAGAAAAGCACAGUCAGCUUG